AACGCAAGAUUUUGAUUGGAUGAUGUGAGGCAUGUCGCGAAUUUUGUUAUCGCUUCGCACUGGGCGAUAACAGUAUUUAACCUAGGUGUAUCAGAAAAUAUGUCGCAAAACGCUACCAGCUCCUAAGUUGUCAAGCUCAUAGGGUGGUCAAGAAGGUAUGGAUUAUUCAAAAGCAAACGCAAUGUCUCACGGUGAUUCUGAUGACGGUUCUAACGAUGGCCUGUCUGCCCAAGAGCUUUUUGGUGCUGGAGAUGGAUUGACAUACAAUGAUUUCCUAAUUUUGCCUGGCUAUAUUGACUUUUCAGCGGAUGAUGUUGAUCUGACAUCUCCACUAACAAAAAAAAUUUCCUUGGCUGCACCAUUAGUGUCUUCUCCUAUGGAUACCGUCACAGAAUCAGAGAUGGCUAUUGCCAUGGCUCUUCAAGGUGGUAUUGGUAUUAUUCAUCAUAAUUGUACACCAGAAUUUCAAGCAAGCGAGGUCAUGAAAGUUAAGAAAUAUAAGCAUGGUUUUAUUCGUGAUCCCGUUGUUUUGAGUCCAAAACAUAAGCUUAGAGAUGUAAUAAAUGUUAAAGCAAGCAAAGGUUUUGCUGGUGUUCCAAUUACAGAAAAUGGUGAAAUUGGUGGUGUUUUAGUUGGAAUUGUUACAUCUAGAGAUAUAGACUUCAUGGGAGAAGAUAUGUAUGACAAACCACUUUCAGAGGUUAUGACAAAAAAAGAAGACUUAGUGUGUGCACAGAGUAGUGUAACAUUAAAAGAAGCAAAUACCAUACUUCAGAGGAGCAAAAAAGGAAAGCUUCCAAUUAUUAAUGACAAGGGUGAAUUGAUUUCACUAAUUGCAAGAACAGAUUUAAAGAAAAGCAGAAACUUUCCUCAUGCCUCUAAAGAUGAAAACAAACAGCUUUUAGUUGGAGCAGCUAUUGGAACACGUGAUCAUGAUAAAGAAAGACUUCAUCUUCUUGUUCAGGCUGGUGUGGAUGUUGUUGUUUUGGACUCAUCUCAAGGGAACUCGAUAUAUCAGAUUGAAAUGGUCAAAUUUAUAAAGAAAACAUAUCCUCAUAUACAAGUCAUUGGUGGGAAUGUUGUUACGACUGCUCAGGCAAGAAAUUUAAUUGAUGCUGGUGUGGAUGGAUUACGAGUAGGCAUGGGAAGUGGAUCCAUAUGCAUAACUCAAGAAGUAAUGGCUUGUGGAAGGCCUCAGGGAACAGCUGUUUAUAAAGUUGCCCGAUAUGCCAAAAAGCAUAAAGUUCCUGUUAUUGCCGAUGGAGGCAUCAAAUCUAUUGGUCACAUUCUCAAAGCACUUGCUCUUGGAGCUUCAACUGUUAUGAUGGGCUCGUUGGUGGCUGGAACAACUGAAUCACCAGGAGAUUAUUUUUACUCGGAUGGAGUUCGUCUAAAAAAAUUCCGAGGAAUGGGAUCACUUGAUGCAAUGGAUUCCAAGCAAGGUCAAGGGAGUCGAGAUCGUUAUUUUGCUGGGGAUCAAGAUAAAGUAAGGGUAGCCCAAGGUGUAUCUGGCACAAUACCCGAUAAAGGAUCAAUUCAUCGAUUCAUGCCAUAUCUCAUUACAGGAAUGAAAUAUGGAUGUCAGGAUAUUGGAGCAAGAAGCCUGCAAAUAUUACGAGAUAUGAUGUAUAAAGGUGAUUUGAAAUUUGAGAAAAGGACUGUUUCUGCACAAGCUGAAGGGGGUGUUCAUGGACUUCAUUCCUAUGAGAAGAAAUUAUUUUAACCGUGGCAAGCUAAGAAGAUAUGAAAUCAUACUCAAAAAAUGCAAUUGUGUUGGGAUCAAGUAUUUUGUAUAAUUUUACCAAAGUGCUGUUUAAAGUACAAAAUAAGAUCUCAGAACAGCAUGCCUCACAUUAUUGGACUGUAUGUAUAUAUGGUCUUCAUUUGCAUAGUUAUUCAUUCUGGAAAAGCUCCCGAAUUGCCAUAAAUCCAAAAUUAUUUUUUUAUUCACAGUUGACUUUGCAAUUAAAUCGUAAGAAUAUUUUUAAUUGCUAUGUACAAAAUCACAAGUGGUAUGAAAUUUUACAAUUUUUAUUUUAAAAUGGAAAAGAAUUUUUCAUUUAUAUACUCAAAAAAGUGUCAAAUAUACUUAUAACAAUAUUUAAAGAUUUUCAGUUUUUUUUUUUUUUUUAUUUUUUUUAUUAUUAUUUCCUAACUUCAAACUGCAGUUUUUACAGUCUUCAGAAAGAAUAUGAAUGAAUGUGAAACUGUUGAAUGAGCUUAUUUUGUGAUAUUUUAAUAUUUGGUUCAAUAUUGUAUUUGAUGAAAUUACCAUAGAUUACUACCAUAGUAACGUGAAUGUAUUUUAGCUUUUAUAUAACUUGUCUGUCACAUUUCAUUUUGAUUGUUAUAGGACAAAAUAGAGAAGUAUUUAUAGAAUUUGUUCACACUUUGUGAUAAUAAAACCAUACAGCUUGA